UGUGCGUUCCACCUUACUUCCUUGCUCCGCCCACAACAGCUUCCUGUUCCCCGUCGUUAUUUUGACUUGCGUACUACAGAGCCAAUCGGAUUCCAUUAAAAAUACCCGCGGCUAAUGUCCUUAUGGGAGGUGAGAAGUAAUUGGCUUCGAAAGCGGAAAAGGGCGGGGCCACAUAAUAUAUAUCACUCACCCGCCAUUUUACGAGCACAAGGAGAGGAACACAGAGGUCUGUACAAGGACGUGAUGAUGAAGAAUCACCAGCCCCUCACAUCACUGAAUGGACCCAGUAACAGAGAUACCCCAGAGAGAUGUCCCCGUCCUCUGUAUUCCCAGGACUGUACAGAGGAGAAUCACAGGAUCCCACAGGAGGAUCAGGGUGAAGAUCUGACUAAUAUUAAAGUAGAAGAUACAGAGGGAGAAGAAGAGACGUAUGUGACUGAUAUGAAGGCAGAAGAUAUAGAGGGAGAAGAAGAGACGUAUGUGACUGAUAUGAAGGCAGAAGAUAUAGAGGGAGAAGAAGAGACGUAUGUGACCGAUAUGAAGGCAGAAGAUAUAGAGGGAGAAGAAGAGACGUAUGUGACUGAUAUGAAGGCAGAAGAUAUAGAGGAAGAAGAAGAGACGUAUGUGACUGAUAUGAAGGCAGAAGAUACAGAGGGAGAAGAAGAGACGUAUGUGACUGAUAUGAAGGCAGAAGAUAUAGAGGAAGAAGAAGAGACGUAUGUGACUGAUAUGAAGGCAGAAGAUAUAGAGGAAGAAGAAGAGACGUAUGUGACUGAUAUGAAGGCAGAAGAUAGAGAGAGAGAAGAAGAGACGUAUGUGACUGAUAUGAAGGCAGAAGAUAUAGAGGAAGAAGAAGAGACGUAUGUGACUGAUAUGAAGGCAGAAGAUAUAGAGGGAGAAGAAGAGACGUAUAUGACUGAUAUAAAGGCAGAAGAUAUAGAGGAAGAAGAAAUGUAUGUGAGAGGUGAUCAGCAGUGUAAGGAGGAAAUCCCUACAGAUAUCAGCACAGAUGGAUGCAACAGAAGAAAUGUAUGGAAGGAACAUCUCCCUUUAUCUCCAGACUGUAACAUAGAAGAUAACAUCAGAAGAGAUUAUCCAGUAGAAAUCUCUAUUACAUCAAUUAUGCAUCCAGUUCUUCACAGUACAGAUAUGACAUCUGAUCCCACUUAUCAUGAGGAAUGUCCUAAUAGAGUAGAUAUCAAAUGCUUUACACAGGACACAAUGCUUAUUACCCAACAGCUAACUAAGCCAUUUCCAUGUUCUCAGUGUGGAAAAUGUUUUACACGCAAAUCAGAUCUGGUUUUACAUCAGAGAAUUCACACAGGUGUAAAGCCAUUUCCAUGUUCUGAGUGUGGAAAAUGUUUUUCACGGAAAUCAAAGCUUGUUAUACAUGAGAGAAGUCACACAGGUGUGAAGCCAUUUCCAUGUUCUGAGUGUGGGAAAUGUUUUACACUGAAAUCAAAGCUGGUUAUACAUGAGAGAAGUCACACAGGUGAGAAGCCAUUUUCAUGUUCUGUGUGUGAGAAAUGUUUUUCACAGAAAUCACAUCUUGUUAGACACAAGAUAAGUCACACAGGUGAGAAGCCAUUUCCAUGUUCUGAGUGUGAGAAAUGUUUUGUAUAUAAUUCAGAUCUUGUUACACACCAGAGAAGUCACACAGGUGUGAAGCCAUUUCCAUGUUCUGAGUGUGGGAAAUGUUUUACACAGAAAUCAAAGCUUGUUAUACAUGAGAGAAUUCACACAGGUGUGAAGCCAUUUCCAUGUUCUGAGUGUGGGAAAUGUUUUACACGGAAAUCAAAGCUUGUUAUACAUGAGAGAAGUCACACAGAUGAGAAGCCAUUUCCAUGUUCUGAGUGUGAGAAAUGUUUUACAAGGAAAAUGAAUCUUGUUAUACAUGAGAGAAGUCACACAGGUGAGAAGCCAUUUCCAUGUUCUGAGUGUGGGAAAUGUUUUGCAAUUAAAUCAUAUCUUGUUAUACAUGAGAGAAGUCACACAGGUGAGAAACCAUUUCCAUGUUCUCAGUGUGAGAAAUGUUUUACACAUAAAAUGAAUCUUGUUAUACAUGAGAGAAGUCACACAGGUGAGAAACCCAUUCCAUGUUCUGAGUGUGGGAAAUGUUUUACUCGGAAAUCAGCUCUUUAUAAACAUCAGAGAAUUCACACAGGUGAGAAGCCGUUUCCAUGCUUUGAGUGUGGGAAAUGUUUUACACAGAAAUCAAGUCUUACUGUACAUGAGAUAAGUCACACAAGUGUGAGGACAUUUUCAUGCUAUGAAUGUGGGAAAUGCUUUACAGCUAAAUCCUCUCUUGUUAGACAUGAGAGACGUCACACAGGUGAGAGACCAUUUCCAUGUUCUGAGUGUGGGAAAUGUUUUACACAGAAAUCAAGCCUUGUUGCACAUCAAAGAAGUCACACUGGUGUGAAGCCAUUUCCAUGUUCUGAGUGUGGGAAAUGUUUUACACGGAGAUCAGAGCUUGUUGUACAUAAGAGAAGUCACACAGGUGAGAAGCCAUUUCCAUGUUCUGAGUGUGAGAAAUGUUUUGCAAGGAAAGAAGAUCUUGUUAUACAUGAGAGAAGUCACACAGGUGAGAAGCCAUUUCCAUGUUCUGAGUGUGAGAAAUGUUUUACACGGAAAAUUUCUCUUGUUAUACAUAUGAGAAGUCACACAGGUGAGAAACCCAUUCCAUGUUCUGAGUGUGGGAAAUGUUUUACUCGGAAAUCAGCUCUUUAUAAACAUCAGAGAAUUCACACAGGUGACAAACCAUAUUCAUGUUCUGAGUGUGGGAAAUGUUUUUCACAGAAAUCAGUUUUGGUUAGACAUCAGAGAAGUCACACAGGUGAGAGGCCAUUUACAUGUUCUGUGUGUGGGAAAUGUUAUAGAGUCAAAUCAUCUCUUGUUGUACAUGAGAGACUUCACACAGUGAAGACACCAUUUCAAUGUUAUGAUUUAAGGUAGUGAUAGAAAUCAGACCUUGUUAAAUGAAUAAACUAAUCAUACACAUUUAAGCAGGUGAAACUUGCAUGCAAGAAAAUGUGACACUGCGGUCUAGUGCGCUAAAAUAUCAAUAUGCAGCCAAAUUUGUGAAUACUCAACAGGAGGAUUCCUCCAACCUCCACCACAACAUGCAAAAGAGAAAAAAAAUUGGUAUCACUU